UUGUGGUUGUGCAUAUUUAGAGCUAAUUAGUUUCCGUAGUGCGCCGGAGACUAAUUUGUAGGAUUUUAUUAUUCAAAAUGGCGGAGCACGCGUCGUCCCCAAAUGAAAAGCCAGGAGGUGGUGGAAGCAUUGGCAUGAACGGCGACGUUGCUCAGAGCUCCGGCGACGGGGGACAAGAAGGAGCGGAUGACAACAUGAAACCUCUCAACCUCGUUACUGAUGCCCCCGCUGUGACCCCGACCAACACUGCAGCAACCCAACAGAUACAGCAGCUGCUUCCCCAGCAACUACCUCUCACCAUGUCAGCUGCGGGCAUCAUCAUACAGAACCACCUCGGACAGCAUGCUGUUAUUCCUGUGACGGCUGCACUCCCGGCUGGCUUGUCCAUCACGCCCCAGGAUAUCCAGCAGCUUCAGCAGCAGCUACUGCUACAGCAACAACUGCAGGUACAACAGGCCCAGACAACACUAGCAAGUUCAGUGCAGCAGCCUUCGUCCACGCGACAGGCCCAGACAACAUCCAUGGUGCAGGUGCCAACACAGACACCUGUCAAGGCCCAGCAGGCGAUGUCUGGCAUCCAGUUCCAGGCUGCCACGCCCGUCACCACCGGCCAGUCAGCAGCCACCCUGCAGCCACAGGUCCAGACGAUCCAGCUGCAGACGGCCCAACUGGGAGGACAGGCUCUGGCCGGCAUGCAGCAGCUGGUGUUUAUCAACCCCACGACCUUGACCUCCAUGCAGCCUCAGCUCCUUGUGCAGAAUCAGCAUAGUCUCCCAGUACUGCAGAACCUCGGAGCAGUUGCAGUGGCCCCACAGCAGACACCAUCAGCACAGCCAGCCGUGCAGGCAGUGCAACAGCAACAACCGCAACAGCAGCAACAACAACAGCAGCAAGUACAGCAGACCAGCCCUGUCACAACCAUGGCAACAACAACGGCAAUGAGCCCCACCACGCCGACACACCAGACUAUGCAGCUCUCGGUGAUGGAGGAGGAAAACAUCGACCUUGAGGAGUUGGAGCAGUUUGCCAAGACAUUCAAGAGGAGACGGAUUGAGCUUGGGUUCACGCAGGGUGACGUCGGUUUAGCCAUGGGGAAGCUUUAUGGCAACGACUUCAGUCAGACAACUAUCUCCCGCUUCGAGGCCCUUAACCUCAGCUUUAAGAACAUGUGCAAGUUGAAACCUCUGCUGCACAAGUGGCUUCAGGACGCGGACGCCAUGUCACAGAAUCCUGCCGCCAUUAGCAGUGCCAGUGGUGGCGCUGUCACUCCGGAAUCCAUCAGUCGGCGUCGCAAGAAACGCACGAGUAUCGACACAUCAGUCCGUGUUGCUUUGGAGAAGAGUUUUCUUCAGAAUCCCAAACCAUCGUCGGAGGAGAUCACGAUUCUCGCUGACAACUUGAACAUGGAGAAGGAGGUCGUGCGUGUGUGGUUCUGUAACCGGCGCCAGAAAGAGAAGCGUAUUAAUCCUCCGUCCUCGCUGACUUCCACCCAGAUGCAGCUAAUGAGUGGCAUCAACAUGAGUCAGAACCUCCUCAGUCCGCAGAACACCACACAGAGCACCAACGCUGGCAUGAACAUUUCUUCUCCAACACAGACGCUUGUAACCGCACCUCAGACUCAAAACAUUUUUGUGAAUAACAGUACACCACUGAACAUGUCCACUGCGGGUAGCCUGGUCAUUCCAAACGUGACAGCGGCGCCGUCUACCUCACCGUCACAACCAAUCGUUGUCUCCGCGGCGACAGCAUUGGCCAAUGCUGCGUCCGGUGUGCCUACUGUAGGUGGUCACAUGAUACUUAGUACACCAGUCCAUGACGAUGAUGCUUCGUGACAAUCGUGACGAAACCUGGGUUGGACCUUUCCAAAAGGAACAUUGCCGUCUCUUUAUUUAAUCUUCAGUAAUCAUUCUUGCAGAGACCAACCCGUAUUGUAUGCUUUGAGGAAGUAGAACUAUUUUGGAAUGGUACACGAUGUUGGCGCUGCGUACUGGAUGUGUAUAAACUAGCUUUGCGCUACCCUACCUCAUGUGAAUGAUUCUUGAAAACAUUAGCCUGGUACAACUACAUCCACAAGUUGUGUCCGUGGCAGCCUGGAGGUGGCGUGUAGCUACAGGACAUCGCCAUGGUUACGUGGUUUUCCGGAAACGUUUCAAUGUUUCAGUGGCGUUAUGAAAUGAUGAUUUAAGCAGAGGGUUUUCUUUGUUGACAAAGUGUUUGAUAGUUGAAUGAGCUAGUGCGAUCUCUAGAGAAAGUGGUUCAUCCUAUGGAGGUGUUGGUUUGGUAACAGAGGAAGAGUUACCAUGGAGACAAGAUGUUGUGGAUCUGUUGUGUAGCUACAAGGAGGUACCGUCCUUGCAUAAUAUACAAAUGAAAGAUGCGUGCUGUACAUAUUGGUUUGGCAUUGUUCUCAUGUGCUUCUAUUGUACAGUAGCAAUUGUACAGAUUUUGCGUAAUAUUGGUCUCAGGAUGAAGGUGAUAUGAGGAGGUCCUUUUGCUAGCAGGUGCCCUCAGUUGUAACGUCACCUGUGAUUGGUUGAACUGAACCAACUGAUGCAUUCCUUAGUUGAAGUUGCCCUUUGAGAACAGUGAUGUGUGACAUUGUUAGACUGUGUUCUGCAGUUAUGGUGGAGAAUUCUGCAGACUCUUUGUACGACAUUUUUUACAGGUUGCUGUUUUGUAUAAUGAAUCUGUUUUGUACUGGGUUUCUUACCGAGGCGACCAAGUAGUUGGUCUGUGUGUGGAUGACUAUGUGUUGGAGAUAUGAAUGACUGAGCUGUCAGGUUUUAUACAAGUGUUAUCUCAUUAUUCUGUGUCCAUGCUGUCUUCAACAACAAGGUGCAGAUGAAGGUGAUUACUUCUGUGUAAUGGGACCUGAGGAAGACAUGGGCCUGGUUUGAUAUGUGCAGCAAAACCUUGUAAGUCUGAACCCUGUAAUACAGUAAAACCUUGUAAGUCUGAACCCUGUAUUACAGUAAAACCUUGUAAGUCUGAACCCUGUAAUACAGUAAAACCUUGUAAGUCUGAACCCUGUAAUGCAGUAAAACCUUGUAAGUCUGAACCCUGUAUUACAGUAAAACCUUGUAAGUCUGAACCCUGUAAUACAGUAAAACCUUGUAAGUCUGAACCCUGUAUUACAGUAAAACCUUGUAAGUCUGAACCCUGUAUUACAGCAAAACGUUGUAAGUCUGAACCCCGUAAUACAGCAAAACCUUGUAAGUCUGAACCCUGUAAUACAGCAAAACCUUGAAAGUCUGAACCCUGUAAUACAGCAAAACUAUGUAAGUCUGAACCCUGUAAAACAGCAAAACUCUGUAAGUCUGAACCCUGUAAUACAGCAAAACCUUGUAAGUCUGAACCCUGUAAUACAGCAAAACCUUGUAAGUCUGAACCCUGUAAUAUAGUAAACCGUGUAAGUCUGAACCCUGUAAUACAGCAAAACCUUGUAAGUCUGAACCCUGUAAUACAGCAAAACCUUGUAAGUCUGAACCCUGUAAUACAGCAAAACCUUGUAAGUCUGAACCCUGUAAAACAGCAAAACCUUGUAGGUCUGAACCCUGUAAAACAGCUCAACCCUGUAAGUCUGAACCCCAUAACACAACAAAAUCUUGUAAGUCUGAACCCUUUAAUACAACUCAACCCAGUAAGUGUCAACCUGUAAAACAUCUAAUCCCUGUAAGUCUGAACUCUACUGUAUAGUUAAAAUCCUGUAAUCCAGUUCAACCCUGUAAGUCUGAACCCUGUAUGCAGUAAACCCUGUUAGUCU